AUGACAGCGAUAUCCUCCCCUUACGAACCGAAUUCGGACGACUUGGCAGAGCUAUACACCUCGACGGACGCCAUCAGCACGACUACGGCCCCCACCGACCUCUCCGAUGAUCUCGACGCGUUAAACGAGCUGGAAGCCGAGUCGAAACGCGCCAAAGUUGCAGCUGGAGAUCCCAUUCACCAUCGCACCUGGAAGACAUCAGACGUGUUUCGCAGUGAACCCGUCCUGCCUGGAUCGUCGCCUGUACAGAUGCCGACGAUGACCUCCUCUCCGCCUCUCACGCCGUCACCGCAGAAGAAACGAAAGUUCGCCGACCUCGACUUUGGGAAGAGCGCCCUGUCGCGUCCUCUCAAGGCACAGAAAGUCUACUAUGGUAUCGACAUACACCGGCUGCUAGGAGAUGCUCAAGCCGAAGCCAGUAUCCCGAGAGCCGCGUACGACUUGCCCACUCCUCCAGCUGAGGCCGCUCCUUCCAAGCGACCGUCGUUGCUAUGGACCGAGAAGUACCGUGCGAAGAGAUUCACCGAUCUCAUUGGAGAAGAACGGACACACAGAGCGGUCAUGCACUGGCUCAAGCGGUGGGACCAGAUCGUUUUCCCAGGCUCGUAUCGUCCAAAGCCGAAGAGGUAUGCAGAUGGGCAUGCCUUCGAAGAGAAGCCGCACAGGAAAAUUCUGAUGCUCACUGGACCGCCCGGACUGGGAAAGACGACAUUGGCACACGUCUGCGCGAGGCAGGCGGGCUACGAGGUACAAGAGAUCAAUGCAAGUGACGAGAGGAGUAGCGCUGUGGUCAAGGGACGCAUUCGAGACAUGGUCGGCACCGAAAACGUGAAAGGAGUGGACAACAAAGCUGUGGACGGCAAGGCGAAGAAGGCAGCAAAGCCGGUCUGCGUGAUUGUGGACGAAGUCGACGGUGUGGUCAGCGGCAGCGGUGGAAGUGGAGAGGGAGGCUUCGUCAAAGCUCUCAUCGAUCUGAUCAUGCUGGACCAAAAGAACUCGAAUGUUCUCGGCACUCUCCCACAGGCUCCGGCGAGGACGAAGAAAGGCGAUCGCUUCAGACUCCUACGGCCCAUCAUCUUAGUCUGCAACGAUGUCUACCACCCUUCACUCCGACCACUGCGGCAAAGUACCAUUGCUGAAGUGAUACAUGUCCGCAAGCCACAAAUCCAGACCUUGGUCACACGUCUUCAGAACAUCUUCGAAAAGGAGGGCGUGUCGUGUGACGGUGAUGGUGUAAGAAGAUUGUGCGAGGCUGCAUGGGGAGUGACAAACCGCAAAGAAGAUCGCAAUCGGAGUGGUGCUGGCGAAGGUGAUAUGCGUGGCAUUUUGGUCGUUGGCGAAUGGGUUGCUGGCAAGCUUCGUGCUACGAGCGACGGCAGCGCACGGCUGACUCGGAAAUGGGUGGAAGAAAACGUGCUUAACGAUCUACAAUAUGGCGGUGGUGCAGCGCGAGGGCUGGGACGUGGCGGUCCAAAGGACAUCGUCGAGCGUGUCUUCAAGGAGGGAGCGGGAUUCCCCAAGCAGACGGCAAUGGCUACUCCCGAGCAGUCCAGCAACAUCAACAGCGUCAAAGGUGUUGCUGAGGGGUUGAGACGGACUGCGACCCAGCGUUUGAGGGAGCUUGUCGACACUCAUGGCGACACUGAUCGAGUCGUGACCGACUGCUACACCAUGUACCCUGAAUACCUUUUCCAGGACGACACUCUCCUAUCCAAGCCUGACGCUGCUUACGAAUGGCUGCAUUUUCACGACAAGCUCUCGAGCGCCGUGUACAGCAGCAACGAGUGGGAGCUGGCCCCGUACCUGAGUGCCCCCGUCCUUGGCUUUCACCAUUUAUUUUCCUCUGCCACACGUGCACAAUACACUGCCGUCAACGAUGCCGACGAGGAUACCACUCCCUCGCAUCCGUUCUCUGGCCCCAGCGCCUCUUGGGCUGCACACGAAGCCGGAAAGCAAAAUGCGGCUCAUAUCCAGACGCUACAGUCCGGCUUGUCGUUACCACUGGCUCGAGCGUUCACCUCCACCGCGGACAUCGCGACUGAUCUCCAACCGUACCUCUUCCGAAUGCUUUCUCCCAACAUCAAUCCUGUUGUAGUGGGCGGCAGCGGCAAAGACAAAAGCACCGCAUCUGUUCGAAAGGCAUCGGAACAAUCGCUCGUCAAACGUGCCGUGAAUGCAAUGGGAGCAACCGGCGUGCGUUUCGACCGCGUCAAGCUCUCGUUCGAAGACUCGGGUCCUGCCUUUGGUGCCAAUCAGUGGAUCUACCGCAUGGAACCGCCACUCGACAGCCUCUGCACUUUCAAUACUGGUGAAGGACUGAAAGUCCGCUAUGCUGUACGACAAGUGUUAGAACAAGAGUGGAGUAAAGAAGAGAAGCGACUCGCCGAAGAACAGAGAAUGGCGCGCUCUGGCGGCGUUUCAUCUCCAGCAGCAGCAGAACCAAGCACCAAACGCGGUGCAAUGGACGAAGGCCCCAAGAAGAUUGUUGCACGAGACUUCUUUGGUAGGCCGAUUGCCGUUCCUGUAGGGGGCGAGGCUGUCAAGUCGAAAGCCAGCAAGGCAAAGGAAAGACAGGGGCCCAGUGUAUGGGUCACUUAUCAUGAAGGGUAUUCCAAUGCGGUGAGGAAACCUUUGACACUGGCGGAAUUGAUGAAGGAUCUCUAG